UACCCAGGAAUAUGCGCAUUUGACCAGUUUUAUAAGGUAACUGACCGCUGUGCCAUAAAAUUCUUGUCCAGUGCUUAAAGAAGGUUAAUGAUCUUUGGCUAGAAUUUCUGACCAGUCUUUAUAAAAAAAGUUGCUGACCAGAGCUGUAAAAUCACUGACCAAUAUGUUUGGUGACAGAAGAUGACACCUGGAGAAGUUGAUGUGGAGACCACCUUUACCAUAUCACAGCUGGGCUGUAUUAAUUGCAGUGUAAGGGUUGCCUGCAGUCUGGAGACGUUCAGGUGAUUAAGCCAGCCCAACCUCAUCAGUAUCACUAUAGUGUGGACUCGCUCUGUGAGGGCUAUUGAUCUGGGGAGGCACCAUAGAGUAUCUACCUCCAGUGUGUAGCUACCCCACCGUUACACUAGACAGCCACACCCUGUAGCCUCACCCCUCUCUAUUGGAGACAGAUUCCGCGUAUCAGGUUGUGGGAGUAGUGACUUUAAUGGCCAGCACUGGCCGUGGAGUUAGAGCUAGAAGGUUCCUACACGUGGGAAUGUGUGAUAGACAGCUUACAACAGGAAACCACGAGUAGAUGGCAAGUUUGUGUGUAUUUCUACUCUAGACUAUGGCAUUGUUACAAUGGCAGUCUUGUGUCGAGGACCUCCAUGGCAUUGUAACAAUGCUGAAUCUGCAUUAAUGGGAGAUUUCUGUGUCUCUGUGACGUGGAUAAUGGGAUACUUUGUCUCCGUUUCCAGAUAGGAUACGACACAUGUUAGCCUGCCAGUUCCAAACAUUCAACGACAUGUAUGAAAAUCUACCAAAGUCAUCGCCAUAGCAACAGUGUGCCACGCUGCCAUCCUACCCUCCAAGGUGGAGAAGUCGGUGGGAACCAAGGACUUUGGCAUUGCUAAAGCUCUGGCCACAAUACUUAAACUCAUGCAGACAGUGGUCAUGGAAACAGGGUAUGGGCCAAUGGUGGGCCCCCCAGCCAGUGGUCUACAAUCUGGGGAGCCAGACAUUUUGGACAAUGGCAAACACGACCCCAAGAUCGGCUCACAAGAGUCGUUCACUGAAUUUCUGGCACGAAGCGUACCUCAAAGUAAUGGGCCUGUGUUACACAGGCGUGCAGAUAGACACUUCAGUAAGCGAAUGCGUCGGCGAUUAGUGUACAAAAAUGGAGAGGUUAAUAUUACACAGACAAAUAUUAGAAAGAGGCGACGACGUUUUCUGGCAGAUAUUUUUACGACAUUAGUUGAUAUAAAAUGGAGGUAUAAUUUAUUAUUAUUUGCGAUGGCAUUUAUCCUGAGUUGGCUUAUAUUUGCAGUGAUAUGGUGGUUAAUAUGUUUUUCACAUGGUGACCUUGACCCUGACAAUAUGGAUAGUGAUAAAUGGGUGCCUUGUGUCAGGGAAAUGCGCUCAUUUACAUCAGCACUCCUGUUUUCUAUAGAGACGCAACAUACCAUUGGAUAUGGAUCUCGCCACACGACAGAGGAGUGCCCAGAGGCGAUCACUGUAAUGAUGAUUCAAUCGUGUUUUGGUGUGAUCUGUCAAGCUAUGAUGACAGGAAUUGUUUUUGCUAAACUCUCCAGACCAAAGAAGAGAGCUGAAACCCUUAUGUUCAGUAAAAAUGCGUGUAUUUGUAAACAAGAUGGAGAGAUGUGUUUGUUGUUCCGUGUAGGUGACAUGCGCAAAUCACACAUUGUUGAGGCACAUGUUCGUGCAGUCGUGAUAAAAAAGAAAAUCACAAAGGAGGGUGAAAUUCUACCCUUAUAUCAGUAUGAUGUGGACCUUGGGUAUGAGGAUGGACAAGACCGUCUAUUUUUGGUCUGGCCUGUCAUCAUAGUUCAUAAAAUUGAUGAGGACAGUCCCUUCUGGGAGAUGUCCCCGGAGGAUCUUCACCGGGAACAGUUUGAGCUGAUCAUUAUCCUAGAGGGUAUUGUAGAGUCUACAGGAAUGACAACACAAGCUCGCAGCUCUUACCUUCCCGGAGAGAUUCUUUGGGGCCAUAGAUUCGAACGUCUGGUUACAUUCCGGAAGGAAAAUGGGCAAUAUCAGAUAGACUUCUCACGAUUCCACAACACAAUGGCAGUAGAAACGCCGCAGUGUAGUGCCAAGGAGCUCGCCGAUAUGGGUGACACAGUGCAGGAAAAUACAUAUAUCGAGGAUGAUGAGAACACAUCAUUAGGUUCUACAAAACAAGAGAGGUAUCCCAGCCCUUAUGUCAUCAAGCGACAUGGAGUCGCACAGACAGACUUUGAUGAUGACGAUCUAGAUUCACAAGACAGUUCAAUACCAAGCCGAAUAGCAGCAGAAGAGUCGGAGACCCUCUUAUGACAAUAGGCCCAACACAUAGUACUAAGAUGACCAAGAUCAUUUUCAUUUGAUGAAAUCCCAAUCUUCCACUUGAUCAGAAGGCUAUGUGUGGCAACCAACCCUAAGGAGGAGACCAUCCUGGGCAAGUCUGUACUAACACAGACAGUUUAUCUACUCAUGUGUGUCUUUAUGUGAAUCUCAAUCACACAUGAUUUGACUUCUCUGUACAUUUACAAGUGUAUAUCUGUGUGUAUGCAUGUCUGGGUGAUGUAUUCUUAUUUAAACAUGUAUAAGUGGAACAAUAUUUACUGUAUUUAUAUCUACAAAUAAGUCCCCUCCUCUCAUGUAAAGGUACCGUACCGUAUUUAUCCUCAAAUAAGCCCCCUCCCAAGUGUCAAAGUUUAGUAUAAAAGUUUGGGGAGGGCUUAUUUGUGAAACACUUUUAGCUUAACUAUUUUAGAAUAAAUGAUUCUGAAAAAUGGAGAAGGGGCUAGAUGUGAGUAGGGACUUGUUUGUGGAUAUAUAUAUGAUAGUUUUUUGCAGGCAUAAAAUGGUGACUUCAGGUGACUUGAGAUAUCUGUGUCACAUUUGACAACAGUCACUGUGAAGUUGUCAAGUCACUUCUUGUUUUGAUUAUGAUACAAACAAAAUUAAUGCACAGAAAAUCAGAUUUUGAUAUUUAUACAUGAGGUAUCUGGGUUCUGUUUUAUUUAUGAGAAUAUCUAUUUUACAUGAAUGAUUGAUGAGAGAGAGUGGUAGAAAAGUAAAACAAAACCGGAAAGAAUCCAGGUUUGUUUAAAUAUGUGCUCACAAGAACUACAAGCAAGUUUGAUAUAUAGAAGACUCUACAGAGUAAUCUGGAAUAUUUAUGGUGACAAACAUUAUUCCUUGAAAGUUUAUUUGACUUUCUGCCAUGUUUGACAGUUUGAAACACUCCCAUAUUUAAUUGUCAUGAAUGAUUUGUGAGAGGUCAGGUAGCUGUAUUGACAUUUGAUGUGAUCUGCCCCCUUUUACCCAUGUUAUGGAGAAAUCACAUGUCCACCAUCUUUGUACCUUGAGUCUUUCUGUUAGCAGGUUGUAUAAAGCUCUGCCAUAUUUGUGUAACCUAAGUUUUAUGACUGUACCCAAAUAGCUACCUUAACAUGUUUCACUGACCUACCUGACAAUUUCUGCCAAAUUCUGAGGAUAUAGUCAGACAAGAACUUUGAAGAUGCUAAGACCAAUGACACUGUGCUUGUAACAAAAAUGCAUAAAAUAGUACCAACUGUAUAGAAAAAUAUAUAGUUAACUUUAAAAAAAAUAAAAAGGUAACUGUUUUAAAAUAUAUGCUAAAAAGACCCAAAGAUACUAAUCAAAUAUAGAGGCAGUGUCCAGUAGAAUUUCUUUGGUAUUCAUUUGUUUUAAGCUCAAAUUUUAUAAGAAAAAAAAAAUAUGCAACAGCCUAUUCUUGUUUUAAAUUGACCAUAAUUCCACUUUGUCAGAUACAUAAAACUUUUAAUGAAUAGGUUAUAUAUAUUUUACUGUGUGCACAUGUUUGAAAGCUGAGCAAUACUAUAUUUUGAUCAAAUAACACAGAAAGUUUACUUCUGAGAUGAACAAUAUUUUACAUGGCAAUACAUUGAUUGUAGAUGAAUCUUAAAAUUUAUGCAAAUAUUUUUGAAUCUCUGGAUUAACUCAAUUAUCUCCCUUUAAUGCAUUGAUUAUCUCCCUUUGAGACAAUUAGCUAAAGCAGAUAUUGAUAACAUUGUUUCCUAUUUUAUAGUUUUUCAUGUGUGUUGAAUUUUUAUUUUUUAGAAAUAUGAAGUAGACUGACUGUCAGUUAGAGAUAAUCUAUAUGUGUGUUAUAUAUUUCUAUGGAUAUAAACACCAGUUUUAAUUUGUCGCAAGAUCCAAAGAAAUACAUAUAUGUACAAGUCAUCUCUGGCCCUUAAAUUAUGAGGGUCUUAACGGAUAUAAAAUGUCAUUUAUACAACUUUUUGAAAAAGUAAUACUCAAUUAAAUCUAAAUAGUUCAACUGUCUUUCCGGGAGACUAAUUGAAAUUUUGAAAUUGUGGAUGUUUUAUUGAUAAUACAUGUCAAAGUUUUGAGUAAAAUAUAAGAAGCAGGGAAGGUUUGAAAAAGCAACUGCAGGUACAAAUGAUCUUGGGUGCAAACAAAAGUCAAGGAUUUCCCAACAAUUUGUAUUUAGUUCUGAGUUUUGUACUUUAUUGAGACCAUUAUACAAUGUACAUGUAUUUGAAAAAAAAUCAUGUCAUUGCAACUUUAUUUUUAUUAAAUAAUUUAGUGUAAAUAGCUGUAAAUGUGUAGGUAUACAAAUAGACAUACAUAUAUGUACUAUAGAAUUGAUACCUAUUAACAAUACCCAUUAAUCAACAACCAAUUAUCAAAAUAAGAUCUUAAACACAAACCAAUCUUCCCAGAAAUACAAUGUGUGCUAUUUAAGGUGGAAUUUUUUUAUAUAGUCAUCAGUUACUACUUAGACCCAAUGGAAAGGGGCACAACUCCUACAGACUUGUGUUGGACAAAUUAAAUUAUAUACUUUUUAUGUUUAAAGAUAGCCACUGGCUACAAAUUACGAUUCAUUUUAUGUUUCCUCUGAAAUUCUAUGAACAGUUCUUUUUAUGUGUUAGGGUGAAUUUAACAAGAAUCUAGUGUUAUUUGCAUGUUACAUUCAAGUUCCAUAUAUUCAAAAUAUAUGUCUAUUUUUUAAGGAGACAUUGCAAACUUUCAUUUCUCAAGAAUCAUUUAUUUUAAAAGUGACUAUACAUGUAUUUAGGAAACGCAGACACAAAUUUAUAAAAAGUCACACUUUCUACACAUUUAAAAAGGCGUUAUUUAUUAUUUAUCUAAUCGUGCUUGCUUCAUCCGUCCACGAAAUAAAACAUGAAUGGGAGGGGGAGUAACUCUUGCAUUCUUACUAGCUAUAUUUUCUGUGCUAAGCUUGUUCCUUGUCGGGUUGUUCGUGACACGCUGUGAUAACACAAAUAUUAUCGUAAAAUAGGUUUACAGAAUUAAUCAGCUUUAUCCCAGCUAAGGUGUUCUCGUAGAAACCGAUCAUUGUGAUACCACAGAGAAUGCUUGGCCAAUCUACGAUGGGGAAUCUUGUGAUACUUGUAUGAUAAGUGUAAUUACAGUAAAACUCUGUAAACAUUGGCAAUCAUAAAUCAUUUGUAUAUAGGCGACUAUGCAUAUUCAUUAGCCUGGGCUAUCAAUAAACAUAUGUACAUAUACAUCUAUGCAUAUGCAUAACCCCUUUUGUCUGCCAUCUAUACAUAUCUGGACAAAUUUGUGAUGCGUUGAGAUUUUAACUUUAAAUUUGUCUUUAUAUUUAUUAGAUCGUGUUUGCAUGGUUAUUGGAAGGUGCGAAUGAGAAACGAGAGAAAGUAUCAAGAGAAUUCGAGAGCUGAUCUGAGAUUGUGCAGGAUUUCUUAAUAAAGCUAAUUUUUGCUAGAAA